CGUGUCUUUGCAUCCCUCACAGAGAGUUAAUUAGCUAGCCUCCAGUUAGCCAUUAGCUAGCAAGCAAGGUUACUGGUUAUAAGUAUAGCUAGCUACUAGCUAAUUACGUAGUCAUCCAUCGACCAUGAAGCAACCGGGCGUUGUUGCCGCGCUAGCACUCGUCGUCGUGGUCACCGCGGCGGUGCUGCUGCCCGGAGCGACUGUGGCGGCGGUCGCGACGCGGCCUGCCAAGUACACGUACCAGGAGGACGCGAGCAGCGACUUCAUAAGGAGCGUGGGCACGUUCUCGGUGACCGUGUACAAGCUCGCCCACGGGCUCACCAUGUCCUACACGAGCACGUCGCAGUGCUGGUCCGUGGCGUCCGGCGAGGGCCACGAGUACUGGAUGGUGCUCACGGCAAGGAACGGACAGGGGGUCUACGCCAGGUAUGUGUCCAUCGUCUGGGGCAUCCCGGGGUCGGAGUCCAAGACGUGGAAGCUCCUCAGCUUCAGCAGCACCGACUGAAACAAUGAAGCUACGGAUGUGUGCACUGUGGCGACAUUUGAUGUAUACUUGGUUUAGUUUAAUUUACUUCUUUGAGGUCGAUAGUGUUCACUGUCUCCUGGUGUUGAUUAUUGGGUGCGUUGCGAUUUUAGUGUUUCCAUCUUAAUCUUGAUAUGUUGUACUUCUAUUAUUUUGAAAUCAAUAAAUGUCCUGCUUAUUUAGUAAA